UGUGGCAUUUUGUUGGCGCUGGCGUUGGCAUUGGCGUUGGUAUUCCGUUUUCAGAAUCCAUCUCGCCAAGGCGCCUCACUUCUUUCCCCCGUUCAUUCAGUCCAUUCCAUCACUCUAUCACCUAGCAUACAGUACCUACCUAGGUAUGUACAGAAUGCUGACAGCCUUGGCGACCUCGUUAUGGUAACUUAUCUUGUAGCCCUGCAUCACGAAACCGUCACGAUCAAAUUUCUUGCGUAGCCAUGGCCUACGACAGUAUCUUGAUGAACUAGCUGGCUACGUAUUGUCGCUAGUCAUGAAUUAGAAUCAUAUGCCUUCUUCCUGAGCAUCAAGAGCGUAAACGAGCACUCUUUCUUGAGUUUAUCUACGCCCACAUGCCAUAUAAAAUGGCACAUCACCAACAGAGACUCGUUGUCUUAGCCGUCUGCAUUCUUAGUUCAAGUACGGCCUUCAUCUGGUCCCGAUAUUAUAAAAGCGCAGCAUUCGAACGACCAUUCCAUUUUUCCAUCUUGACUCUUCUCUUCUCCGGUCUCACCCUGUUCUUCUACGCAAAGUAUAUACUUCGAUCCGAACCGGGUUAUGCGCCGUUGUCCAACGGCACUGGGAAUACAUCAGCCAAAUCCUUUUUCGUUGAUAUACUGAGAUAUCCACUUCGACUUCGAUCACAAUAUCCAUCCUUUGCUCUGCUGCUAUUAUGUGUGGUCGCCCGUACCAUUUUAUAUUGGAGAACUAUUCGCACCAUCCACUGCUCAUGGGAUGGACUUCAGGCCUUUCUUCCUUUCCUCCUUAUCGUCUACGAUAUCGCCGAGCUACGACCCAUCAAUUUACCGAGACAUGAACACGAUACCCAUGGCCGAACUACAAGCUCUUCAUCUACCCUCGUGAAAUAUGGUCUAAUUGCGCUAUUCUGGGGCUUAGCAGCAACUGACACUCUCCUACUAUCUGAGCGUACCACCGGCGCCAUUUGUCCUGCCGCAACCUAUAUCGAGCGCCUAAUACCUCUCGCCCAGUUACUCAUGCUAGCUCUCGAUGGCGUCUUCAUAUCGCAAGUUGGGAAGCUUAGGCAGGCAAACGAAGGGCAGGCAAAUACGUGGCAUUUCUUAGGCACGCUAUUUCUAACCUCAGCAGGCGUGCUGACUUUCUUCGCUGUCUGGUCAUCUAUUGACCGAGCUAACUUCCAAUGGAACGUCUUCCUCUCCUGGCUUGCCACCGGUGAUCUAAUUGUCGAUAGUAUCGUUGUGACGAUAGGCAUAACCUCUACUAUAUAUCUCCUCGGGUAUUUCCAUCCCUUGUUUGUGAGCUUACUACUCACGGCGACAAGUAUCUUCGUCUACUUGCAGUGGAGAAUCAUGGACGGAACUAUGAUCAGGGUUUGGUCCAAUUGGUGGGGUCUUAUCACUGGUGUCUGGUUGUUUGUAGGGGCUGGCCUUCUUUUACACUUCGGUAAGACAGCCAAUUUUCAACUUCACACUUCCAGCGAAGGCGCCAUCUCGAGGAAUCGAUACGGAUUUUGCGCUCUGGUUACCUUCCUUCUCGUCUUCGCCCAGACAAUUUUCGUGAGCUCUGGUGGGUUUAGACCUACCCCUACCCCGAUCAUUGCCAAUGCCAGAAGCGAGUCGGAUGCCUGGAUAGCUGGAGCCGGGAAGAGUAAAUCGCUCCAGGAAGCCGUCUCGGAGUACCGAAAGCGCUACGGGAUACCACCGCCUCCCAACUUCGACAAAUGGUACCACUUCGCAGCCUCGGUCAAAUCCCCAAUCAUCGAUACAUUCGACCAGAUCCACGCAGAUCUCCUUCCGUAUUGGGGUACCUUGCCGUCUGUUCUACGUCAGAGGACGACUCAUUUACUCGAACACCCAUCGCUCUCCAUGGGUGGUAUCAUCCUCGAAGGUGGCAAGGCUGACGUUUCCCCACAUAUCCUCGGCACUCAUAGAUGGAUGAUGGAUGUUACGAAAGAUAUGCUCGAACCCUUUGCCCAGUGGCUUCCUGACAUGCAGCUUGCGUUCAACCUCGAUGAUGAAUGUCGUAUUUCAAUCCCGCUCGACCGUAUGAAAGCCUACACAGAAGAAGGGCUCAAAGCCAGAGCGAGGUUAGGUGAAAAGCAGGAGUUAUCACACUUUAGCGACACCCAAGAGCCGCCGUGGGUGAAAGGCUACUUAAAUUCGGACGAGAAAAUUUGGGACGAGAAAUCACCAUGGUUCUUAGACAGGUCCAAGCGUCAGAUCUUCUAUGAGUGGAUCUCGCCAACAUGCCCAGCCGAAUCACCAGUGAAUAAGUACCGCUGGUGGAACAAGAAGGCAGAGUGUCUAGGUUGUUCAGCUCCGCAUAUGACACAUGGAUUUGUGUCCAACUGGACACUGUCUGGCGACUUAUGCCACCAGCCUGACCUUGCGUAUCUACAUGGUGUCCUAUUAUCGCCAUCUGCCAUGGCUCCUUCCCAUACGCUGUUUCCCGUCUUCAGCCAGAGUCGAUUAUACAACUUCGCCGAUAUACUGUAUCCAAGUCCAUGGAACUUUGGAGAGAAGGUGGAGAUCGAAAACAAUAAGAGUAUACCAUGGGACCAAAAAUUAAAUAGCGUCUAUUGGCGUGGCGCUUCUUCGGAUGGUUAUGCUGUCCACGGUGCCUGGCAGACCUUCUUACGAGCCAGGUUUGUCAAUAUGGCAGCUAAAGCCAAGUUGUCUAUCAGGGCAAAGUCCCUCUUCAACCUUGUGCAUUAUCGAAGAGAUAUCAUUUCCCCAUUACUGUCCGCCUCAACACCAUCUCCUUCCGCACAACCAACGGCACCAACAGAAGAUCACAUUGUCGUCAAUGCCUCAUUCGUUGGCAAGUUCGACCGUUGCGACGACCGCGACUGCACGGCCGAGCACGUCACCUUCUAUGGCUCACCCACUGCCGAACCACCCCCUUCGCUCGAUUUCCAAGAGCAUUGGCAUCAUCGCCAUCUCAUUGACCUCGACGGUGCCGCCUUCAGUGGCCGCUUCAUACCGUUCCUCAAGUCUGGGUCUCUACCGUACCGCGCUGCCCUCUUCCGCACGUGGUGGGAAGAGCGUGUCCACGCGUGGAGACACUUUGUACCAUUAGACGUGCGACUCAGUGACCUUUGGGACGCCGUGAACUACUUAGGCGGACCGGGUCUAUCCGAGGCAGACGAGAUUGCACAGGCUGGUCGUGACUGGGCACUCCAGUCACUUCGGAAAGAAGACAUGCAGGUCUACAUGUUUCGUCUACUACUUGAAUGGGGACGUCUCGUGGAUGAUCACAGGGAGGAUCUUGGCUUCGCUCUCUAAGGAGGGUUGAAAUAAAGAACCAAAAAGGUUAGGGUUUCUAGUUACAUGCAUACUAGUUACUGUAUAUACAUACACGGAUGGGCACGCUCUUCUCACUGCCUGCUUUUUGCUCGAAUGGAUGAUUUUUACGUUUUGAUACCACCCGCGGAGGAGCGGGACGGCGGCCGGGUUAUCGCAGUAUGCGUACAUGCCCAGUGGGUACCUAGGUAGGUACAUAUACGUAUCUACACGCAAACGAAUGAUACCACACGAUGAAUAAAAUAGAUUUGAAUUUUGA